AUGAGAUCUGAGCCUCUCCCAGCUGUCAUAGGUCAGCUGAGCCAGGCUUAUAUAACUUUUAAUGUAAAGUAGUUUUAUUUCCUUGUUCUGUUGCAGCUGAGAUAGAAGAUACUCUGCUUUUCAGGGUUUUUACGUGUUUUGCAUAUACAUCAGAGGCACUAACCAAACAGUGUAAAUCCAGCAGCUCUGUGUUUGAUCCUCCAUCAGCUCAGCUCUUCACUGUAAUCCAGAUCUCCUAACAUGAUGCUCUGCUCCGGACUCAGCAGCACACUGUUGCUGGCAGCAACGUGUUCACUCAUCACUUCAGGCUUUAUCAGAGCUCAAGUCUCCGUUCCUCCCACUGUGACCGCCAUAUCCACAGGGAGAGUGGUCACCUCUAACGGCCUCAGUGAUCUUCACCUGAGCUGUGUGGGUGGAAAGAUCAUUGUGAGGUCAGCUGUGUACAGAUGUGGAGGUGAAGUAACCUGCUCUCAGGGUGACGCUGAGAACAACGUCAGGAACAGCUGUGAUGGAAAAACAGUGUGUGACAUAAAGUCAAACAUUACUUAUGAUCCUGGAGUCUGCAGAUACCUGGAGACCACCUACGACUGCUUCACACGCUACAAUGUAACAUGUCAACAAUUCCAGUCAAACCUUCAGUGUGGUGCAGGACAGGUUAUAGUCGUCUCCUGGGCGAAUUAUGGUCGCCGUGAUACAACCACGUGCCCUGGCCAAUAUACUAUCGCAAAUCUCUACGAUGUUAACUGCUUCUGGCCAGGAAGCAUGGAAUAUGUAACUAACAGGUGUAAUGGGAAAAACAGCUGUACUGUUGAAGAACCAAGCUCAGUAGACCCGUGUGUAAACAUUUAUAAGUACCUGGAGGUGUUUUACACUUGUCAGGGCCAAUAAAGCUGGACAUGGGCCAGUAAAACGUCUACACUUCCAAAAGUCUUGUUUCGAGCAGCACAGAAACUUUGCAUGAAAGCACAGGACGACGUCAGAAUGCUGACAUGCUCACAUUUCUCCCCUGCAGCCACCACAUACUCCUUUAGACGCUACAGACACAAACUCACUCACUGCACACAUAAACUAUUAAAAAAAACACUAUAACCUACGUCAUCCAGGAGUUACAACACUGUAAAACAUUUAAUGCAUUAUUUCAUGUUAUAAAACAUGUAAACCUUGUUUUAUUUGACAUUACUGUACUUGAUUAUUAUUAUUGCUUAUUCAUUUUUGCAUUUAAGGUAAUGCUUUCUUUCAUUUUAAUAUCGUGUGUGAAAUAAAAUAAUUUAGGUAUGCAUGGUUAUAUGUAUGCAGUACAACUA